AAGUGGCGAAGUCGUACAACAGAGUAUUUGAAAAGUAAGUCUAACAGUAACAACACUAAAGUAUUUAGAUUAUUCGAUAUGUUUUGAUAAUUUGUGAUAAAACACGGAAGGGGCGUGUCCUGGGGAAAAUUCCCAGGUUACUGGUCAGAGUUUACUUACCUGGACUUAUUCAGUUAUUGACCAGCGUGGCUGAUACCAGCAUGUUGGCGUGACUCGAGGAUCUAUCCAGAUUAAAAUUGGAAUAUAACUUGUUCAGAAAUAUGGAGAAAUGUAACAACCUUGGACAUUCCAAAGCCGACUCCCAUCUGAGGGAAUCCCGUUACCAUGCCAACACCAGAUUACAUGAUCCCAGCAGUUCUUCUGGAACCUUUUAGUGGGAUAACAAUGCCGAACAUUGUAGAAAUCAUCAGCAUUGGCUGCCAGGGGGCAAUGAUAUUUGGUGGUGUGAUUCCGUUCAUACCGCAGUACUUAGACAUACGAAAGUCAGGCAAUGCUGACGGAUUCUCCAUUUUUGUUUGUCUGAACCUGUUGGUUGCCAAUAUUCUCCGAAUUUUGUUUUGGUUUGGUCGUCAUUUUGAGCUGCCUUUGUUGGCUCAGAGUGUAAUAAUGGUGUUCACUAUGCUGAUCCUGACCGAGCUAUGUGUCCGAGUCAAACACAAAGGAGAAAUUAUAGCGUCCAAGGAACGCAAAUUCUCCGAUCCAUUCUCUGCUCAUCCACAUAAUGGAGAAGCUAGUCCACGAAUAAUUCAUUCUGUCAUAGCCGUGAGAAAAUUUAUUGAUUUUGACAAAGCAUAUUUCUGGAAAUGGACAUACUUCGACAGCUAUAUACAGUUCACAGUGGUCUUCACGCUUGUUGUGGGACUAUUAACUUGGCUACUAUUAGACAAUAUGUACUAUGUCGAGACUAUCGGCUUCUUGGCAGUGUUUGCGGAGGCCAUGUUAGGUGCUCCACAAUUCUACAGGAACUUUGUCAACAAAUCCACACAUGGCAUGAGUAAGAAGAUGGUAGGAAUGUGGACCUGCGGAGACUGUUUUAAGACGGGGUAUUUCAUCGUCCGACAGGCGCCUGCCCAGUUCUGGAUCUGUGGAAUGUUACAAGUGGGAAUUGACAUCUCCAUAUUUUUACAAGUGUUUUGUUACAGAAACAAGGCAGCCAUUAGUUGACCACAGGGAAACUGUAGAAUUUUCUUAUUACAGGGAAAUUGUAGGAAGCUCUUAUCAAAGGGAAACUGUAGAAAGUUCUUAUUACAGGGAAAUUGUAGAAAGUUCCUAUUACAGGAAACAUUAGAAAGUUUUGUAAACAAGGCAUUACUUGUCACAUGUGAACAGUUUUAUGACUCAUGUUGGAAGCUUUUAUAUGUUAUUUUUUUAUGAUUUUGUCACUUAUUUUGCUUCUGAAUUUAAACCAUUUGUAUGUUGUAUGGAUGUUUUGAGACCCUAUGCAUUUAAUCGUAUACAGAACUCUUAAUAUUUGCAGAAUAAACCCCAAUUGAUCUCAGAUAAGUAGGAUUUCUUCACUUUUGAUAUGUCAUGAAAAUGUUGACUUCUAUUUGGUGAGGAACAUGAUUACAUUGUUUGUAGUAUGUGUGUGUACUGCUCAAUUUCCAGUUUGUGUAUAAUUCUUCGGUACAGUAAACGUUCGGUGGUGUAUUCUUUCUAACGCAUUUGGAGGUAGAGACCCUCUGCUAAAUCAAGUGUCUAUUGCUGAAUGUCUAUUCUUAUGUGUUAACGAAUAUUUAGUUGCUAAAAACUUUAUUAAUCAAAUCCAAGCUACACAAGGGAAAACUUGAUUUCCGCUAAACAUGGUAUAUGCCAAAUAUAAUACGUUUAGGUAUAUGCCAAACAUAAUACGUUUAGGUAUAUGCCAAAUAUAAUACGUUUACAAUAUUUUACAAUUCACUAGAGACAGGAAGAUUAGAACACACACAUCUGAGAACAGUGUGGUAAUACAUUUACAAUUUAAGGAGGUACUCAACAUUGCCAUAAUGGCCGAAUUCCUUUUAUAACAUGAAUGAAAAUGUCUAUUCGUUUUAAAUAUCAUUGCCUAGCUGAGUAGCUCAGUAGGUUAGCACAUCAACUACUGAACUGUAGAUCGUGGGUUCCAAGUCCAACAGGGGUGUUUAUUUUUUUUGACUAAAUAAAGUAAAUUUCAAAAUGUUGUACAUCUCCACCACUUUUCAUCCAUAUUAAAUUUCUCUGGUGUAGCAUACCUCCUUAACAGAAACAGAAGAUAAGAAUAUGCUAUAUGAGUCUGUGAACAGUGUAAUGAUACAGUUAGUGUAAUAUUUUACAAUUCAAUAGAAACAGGAAAUUUGAAUACACUAUACAAGUCGGUGAACACUGUGGGAUUUACUAUUCAGAAAACAAUUCUGCUGUUUAACAUUUACUUGAUUUUUUUAUUAUUAUUAAGGAAGCUGUAUACAUCAAAGAGCUCCAAUGAGUUUUUUUAUUUUUGUUACAUGUUUAUGCAUAUAUCAAGAAAUAUUUUUGCUUUACCGAAACAUUUGCUAAUUACAUAUAUGUUACGACAAGAAAAGUUACACACUUAUUUUUGUUAAAUUGAAAGACAUAGGGGAGUGACAAGGCUGAAAUGAUUUCUCCAAAAGAAAGAUAAGUUAUCAGUCAUUUGUGGAUUUUAUUUUAUUUUUUUUUAUUUAUUUUUUUUGCUUGUAGUGAUCUGCUGUUCUUGGGGAAAAACUUAUAUAUUUGUGUAAAAUGAUAUUUAAAGUUUAUCGAGUUACGUGCUAAUUUAUUGGCUUCUUUAAAUGCAGUACAAAAUUAACAAGUAAAGUUUGCUGCUUUACUCAUGAUUUUCUGGUUUACAGAGACAUAACACACUAUUAAUAAUGGGAUACAUUAAAAAAUUUUGAUAUUGGAAUAAUAAUGGCUGUACUCUAUUAUGAUAAUAUUAUUGAAGUCUUCUUUAUACAUAACUGUAAAGGAUACAUUUUUCUGGUUGUCCAAAGAGUUUUUAUGCCCCCCAAGAUAGAAGAUCAGUGGGCAUAUUGUUUUUGUCCUGUCUGUCAUUUUGUCUGAAACUUUAUCCCUGCUAAUAACUUUUGAACAGUAAGUGCUAGAGCUUUGAUAUUUCACAUGAGUAUUCCUUGUGACAAGACCUUUCCGUGGGUACUAAACCUUUUGACCUUGGUAUUUGACCUACUUUUAAAAAUUUGACAUUGACCCUGUGACCUUGACCCUUGGAGUUUGACCUACUUUUGAAAACUUUAACCUUGCUAAUAACUUUUGUACAGUAAGUGCUAGAGUUUGAUAUUUCACAUGAGUAUUUCUUGUGACAAAACCUUUCUGUGGGUACCAACAUUUUUUACCCUUGACCUUGGAGUUUGACCUACUUUUUAAAAACUUUAACCUUGCUAAUAACUUUUGAACAGUGAAUGCUAAAGCUUUGAUAUUUCACAUGAGUAUUCCUUGUGACAAGACCUUUCCGUGGGUACUAAACCUUUUGACCUUGGUAUUUGACCUACUUUUAAAAAAUUUGACAUUGGUCAUAACUUCUAAAUGGUAAAUAUUAGAGCCUUCAUAUUGCACAUGAGCAUUGCUUGUGACAAGAUCUGUCUAUUGGUACCAAGAUAUUUGUCCUUUUAAAAUCAUUGAUAGUACAUUUCCAUCAUAUUUUAAAAUUAAUUAUGCUACAGUAAAACACAGAUAUAACGAACCUUCAGGGCCAGCAAAAUACAGUUCGUUAUAACCAAACUUCAUUGUAUCCAAUAAAUUUUUUACUGUUUUCCUCCUAUAGGGGAAUAAAUAUUUACUUUACAAUAAGCUUGAAUUUGUUUUAAGCAUGUUAAUCAUAAGAAUGUUUUACUGUAUAAAACUUAUCCCAAGACAUUUCUUCAGAAUGAAUGAGUGGUGGCAUGAUGUUACCAAGUUGAAGUAAAGUGAAAUGUAUUAAUUGUGUAUCAAACAAUAUUUGUACUACUCAAGACUACUUGAACAUUCCAAUGAAUUUCAUUGUGAAAUUGCAGGCCCGGUCAAAAAUAAACAGCACGAUCUUAUGUAGAAAUUUUUUUAAAAGUUGAUUGUCUUCACUGUAAUACUUAAUAGUGCACCCCAUCCUAAAUACAUCUAAUACUUAAUAGUGUACCCCAUCCUAAAUACAUGAAAUGACAUUUGAUCAAGAUUUUGACAAUACUUGUAUUUAAUGGACAUUAGUGGCACUACGAAAUUAAUUACACAGUUAUGUACAGUAUAUGAUCAUGUACAUAUCAUCUUCUGUUUCCCCAAUAUGUAAAGAAGAUUUUUGACACCAUUCUGAGAUGUCAAUCUCCACUUUUAGAAUCCUAGAAUGAUUGUCUACACUACUGUAAGUUAUAUUAAGUGUAGGCCAAUUUUAUAAUUUUUAGCAUGUGUAUAUAUGAAAUUAUCUUGACAUUUUAUUGAAGAAAUGUAUUUUUGAACAUUUGAAAUGGACCUGCAACUGUAUGCAGGUAAUUUUGUAACAGAUGGAAUAUAUAAUUAUGGAAUCCAUGAUAUUGAAAAAGAAGUUUCAAAUAAAUAUUAAUUCUGUUGUUUUGAA